AAGGAAAUGGACUUCUUGGACUUUAUUGUCAGGCCAGCUGGAGCUGUGAGAGAAACAACUCAGCAGAAAGAUGAAGAACAUUAUAUUUUUCAGUUACACGAUCCCUUCAACGAGCUGUGGGAGCCAUAACAAAAGUUCCAGUGUGUAGCAUAACUCUGCUAGGGUUAAGGAUUUGCUCCGUCUUCAUCGACCGGUGUGUACCCUGAACAAUUACUUUACAGCUUACACGCUCUGACUGGCAGACCAAAGUAUCGGAACAUCGGUGAAGGAGCUGGGCUGAAAGUGAACGUAUUCAGGAUUUUGGCCUUAUAGAAAUCAAUGCCAGCUUGCAAGAUUUGAUGGAGCAAAAUGCCAAAAACACAAGUGUUACGUACUGCUUCCUCUGCGCAGAAAGCAACUUCCCAUCUAUUACAGUCGCACCCUGUUGUGGGAGCCUGCUGCAAGAGCGGAGGGUUUGGCCAGAUAUCACUAGUGGUGCUGUCAACGGCAGAAGGAGAUACGUAUGUGUUUGACGUGAAAAACAAAAGAGAUGUUCUCUUUGACGGCGGGGUCGCCUGAAUCCUUCAGUCAACAGACAUCCUCAAGGUUAUGCACGGGUGUCCUUCAUCAGUAGGUGAGCUUAGCAGACAACAUGGAGUCAAGGUUAACAACGUGUUUGACACUCAGGCUGCCUUCUCUGUAAUAUUAGAGACAGAAGGCCUACCCCCACGCAAAGCCGUGUUGAACAGCCUCUGUGAAAAGACGGCUAUAGCACAGUUCACCCCAUCAGCGGCGUUUCAGAGAAUGGCUCGAAAAGAUGAACGAGGAACAGAGGAGGAGCGGUCUCUCACCAAAUCAAGUGCGUGACACCAGAAGACGCCGGCUGGAAAUGGAGCGCAAAGAGACAGCUAAAACAAAACCCUUGAUGGAGCUCACGAGAAGACAACGACUGCUGUUGAUGGACACUGUACCUCUAACCAGAGAUCUUUUCGUAACUACUUACUGAUGUCUUGAGGAAUUUUAUCGAUGAGCCCGAUGAUAGUUAGAGUUAGAUUUAGUAGGUGUUUUACGGCGCUCGCAACUGUAUAAGGUCAUAUGAGCACUAGAAGAUUAGAGGUGUUACAAGAGAGUAACAAAAACAAAAAAGAAGAAGGGGAGAUAAGGAUGAUAGUAUUGAUAGAUGUUUCAAAGGAAAGAAGAAGCAAACCACAUCAGAGCUCCGCCAACCACCCACUAGAAUUAGAUAAUAAAUAGGUUAGUUCAAGGAACAAGACUAGAUGCGACACAACGGAAACCAACGAGAACGGAGUCAAUGUAUUAUGUAUUGGUUUUUGUUUUAGUAGAGGUUUUACGGCGCUAGCAACUGCAUACAUGUAUUGUUUACAAUGAUCUGUUCAUUAACUCUGUAAGACAGGAAACAUCGAAGA